UAUGAAAGAGAGAAAUAUCGGUAGCAAUAGCAAUGACAGAAAUCGCAGGGAAGAAGAGAAAAAUGGGAGACAGAAAAGGAACAACAGCUCUUAGCAAAACUGCGCCAAAAUGGCCUUCCAUCAAACCCAAAAGCAAUCUUCAAAUCACCACCUUGCGAGAUUUCGAUCUAUUCACGGUUCGGAAUUUUUUCUCCUCUGCUGAAUCAAAGGCGUUCGUUGAAACUGCUGAGGGAAUUGGUUUCGCUCAUCAAGGGAGUUUAGGUCCAGCUAAAGGUGAAGCUUACCGAGAUAAUGAUCGAAUCUCGGUGAACGAUUCGGUUCUUGCUGAUUCAAUCUGGAACUCUGGACUUAACAAAAUGUUUUCUGAUAUAAGAAUUCGUGGGAAAUCGGCUGUAGGUUUGAAUCCAAAUAUUAGAUUAUAUAGGUACAACGUUGGUCAACGGUUUGGACGACAUAUUGAUGAGAGUGUUGAUCUUGGAGAUGGAAAAAGGACUCGUUAUACUUUGCUAGUUUAUUUAAGCGGUGGAUCCGGGGAACUUAAAUCAAAGCCUAAAAAUGAUUCCGGCAAACCUAUAGAGUCAUCUUUUGAACGUUUGGUUGGAGGAGAAACAGUAUUUUAUGGUUCAAGAAAUAGCACCGUGGCUGAGGUUGCUCCCAUUGAAGGGAUGGCACUCUUGCACAUUCAUGGAGAUAAAUGCUUGUUGCAUGAAGCCAGAAACGUUACAAAGGGUGUCAAAUAUGUGUUUCGUUCGGAUGUUGUAUUUGCUUGAAGAAUGGUUCGUCUCUUGUAUGAGAUAAUCUGAUAUUUUUGGUGUUUUUUCAACUACUCAAAGAUUUGGUACACGAGAAGAGUUUAUUACGUGGAUUAAAAGUAAUGUUAUUAUCACUCGUUUAAAAACUGAAACAGACAAGAAAGGAAGAGUAAACAAAUUAAUAUUUGAUUGUCAUAAAGGUGAAAAAUACAAGGAUACUGAUAGUGGAACCCAAAGUGCGACAAAAAAUGUGGAUGCCCAUUUAAAAUCAGAUUGACUCUGACGAAAGAUGAGUUUGGCUGCAAGAUUGAUGUAAAAUUUGUGAUCCAUAACCAUGGUUUUCCUGAUAGAUUAGAAGGUCAUUCAUUUGUUGGUAGGUUGACCAGAGAUGAGAAGUAGCAUGUCGUUGAUUUGACAAAGAGACAUGUACCACCUAGACACAUAUUGUUUUCCUUGCAUGAUCAAGACCCAGAGAAUAUCACUCGGAUCACGCAAAUAUACAAGCAUAAGAGUAUGAUAGGAAAAGAGAUAAGAGGUUCUAGAAGUGAGAUACAAUAUUUGUUUAAGCUUAUUGAGGAUGCAUGUUAUAUGUAUUGGAGUAGAAAAAGAGAUGACUCGGAAGUUGUGAGAGAGAUAUUUUAGGUGCAUCCAUAUUUAAUUAAGUUGUUAAUAUUUUUCCUAUUGUGUUAGUUAUGGACAACACUAACUUGAUGCGUGCUUUUCGCAAGUAUACGAACGCGUCCGAGUAAUAUAAAAGAUUGUCGAAUCCACAGAGACCAAGUGUCAAUCUAUCGUUAUUUAU